UAUCUAACGGACGGUCCUCAGGCGAGGAGGAGACACCGCGGCAGAUCAGUCGACGAGGAGACACCGUGUCGUGAGGUUCAACAGGUGUGAGCGAACGUCGCCCGAGAAGCAUGGGGAACAUUUACGUCUGCAGCCUGCUCGUCGCACUCGCCACGUUUCUCGUCGUGGUGCAGUGCGGUGACAUAAUGCGCAAGAGUAUCGUCUUCGAUAAGAAUACUCCGGACGUGUUUUAUUGUCCGCAACACAAGCCGAUCGGUUUCGAGAAAAUGCUGGUCAAAGCGAGGCCGCUUUCCAGGCUCUGUCAGUUCGAGGGUCGUCCGAUACCUGAAGAUUACAAGAGCGAUUGUUAUAACGACGUGGAUGAGACCGAGUAUGCCUGCAAGGAAAAGUAUAGAAUCAUGAAGCGAUUCAAUAAUCAGGAUGGGAAUGCGAAAAUUGAUGUCGAGAAAUAGAACGGGAAUGAUGCUGCACGACCGCAAUCUACACGCACGCAAAUCAUAAAAUCCAAAUAGAAUCAAAACCACAUCAUACUAAUGCUCGGGGCUGCUGCUGCGUCGGAGGGAGAGCUCGACACAUUUAUAAAAUAAUAUUUAGUAUAAAAUAAUACUUAACGGCAACGCAGAUAAACUCGCAGUUAUCGUCUUAAAUUAUCCAUUUCUUCAUUAUUACGAUAUAUAAUAUUAUUAUGUUACGUUUGUAUUCAAGCAAACAGUACAUUAGUAGAUAAUCAAGUCACUGCCGCAUCGAAUAUUCAAGAUGAAGAAAUGGAUAACAAAAAAAAAAAUUAACAAGCAAAAUAUUCAUGAAAUAACGAGAUAGUUUGUAGUAAACAUUUUUCUACUUAAGGCACGAGAUAUACGAUAAGGAACGAUAAAAUUGGUUCUCUAAUUUUUAAGCUUCGUCAAGGGGAAAAUUUAUUUUUAUAACAUUAUUAAUAAAACUAACCGCAAUGGAACUGGGUGAUUGAUCAUUAACCUUUUGACGGAGCUUCGGGAAGUGUUGAUGCUUUCAGAUGAGGAUCCAACUAGAAUAGCUUACAUGUUUGAAUCACAUGUUAGUAAGCCAUAUUAUAAAUCGCAUUUAUUAGACGCUUGUAGACAUUUUUAACCAUGGAAAUAAAAAAUUUGUCAGAUUAUCUAAAAAAAUGUGAUCGGAGAAUUUCGAAAUAAAUAAGAUGUUCACAGAAGUCACAUCUUUCAAGACUUUACGAGUUUGCAAAUAUAAAAUAUUUUAUAAGUUUCCUUAUCACUCUAUCACUGUGUAUACAUCAAGAUUUUACUUUCACAUAUACAGAUAUAUACAUGAAUAAAGCAUUGAUAGAAUAAA